AUGCCAAGGGCUAGCAGUUUGCUGCUUGCCUGUUUCUUUUUGUGGGCACCCGUGUACGAUGCCUAUGGCCCACGCAUAACGGUACUUGACAUGGAUGGAAAUGAGAAAUAUGUCCCAGAUAUUGCGAUUCCUAUCGCAGCAUCAGUUUCUUUCAUUUGCCGUGCGCAUGGUGUCAAAAAGAGUGACUUUUUUUGGAAAAAAGCUAGUUUUAGCUCUCAGAAUUAUUCUGAAGUCCAACAAUCGAAACUCGUUGUGAUUGAUAGGAAAGAUGGUGAAAGCAAAAUAACGUUUACUGAAACAUCGUUUGAUAAAGCUGGUAUUUAUCAGUGUGAAACCUCCAUACAUAGUGCUCGUGUCAAUCUCCAUGUGUAUGGAAUCGUUGAUUCUGGUGGAACAGAUAUUAAGUCUAUCCCUGUCACCAAGGAUUUUUAUCAAAUCUCAAUUACCCAUAAUGUUCCUGAUCUCAGUCACCACCCCACCGCCUUCUGCAAAUUCCAAGUGGGACAAAAUGGGGUGAAUUACGCAACUGUAAGAUGGUAUGGAGAAGGUCUUAAGCAUUAUCGCGACAUGUUCCGUGUAACUGAGUCAAAGAAUGCGGUCACUGCAACUUCCAUCCACCAAGAACUCUUUGGUCCAUAUGAAUGCUCAUUCAACAUAUUACCAGGAUCGUCUGUAAAGCAGAAGGUGUAUUUUAGAAUAACGCCUGUGCUGGUGGUACGGCCGACCGCGGAGACGGUGUACGAGGGCGACGCGUACAACCUGACCUGCGAAAUAAUCGCCUACCCGAGGGCCCAGGCCGGUGAUAUCACGUGGCGGCGCAACAGCCAGCCCCUGUGGGUGGAGGACCCUUCGACCGGUCGGCUAGCUGCCUCGCCCACCUACGAUCCCGAAGGGCGUGUGCAUCUCCUCUCUGCGCAAAGCCAUCACGAUACCCUCGCCUUCUCUGUUCUCGCAGCUGCCGACCGCGCCGUCUACGUCUGUUCCGUUAGGACUUCCGUGGGGAACAACAGCUACGGCGUCUUUGUCCGUGUUAAAAGUUCAAAGUCGACGUUUUGGCCUCUUCUGGGUAUCGGUGUGGAGCUGCUAGUCCUCACCGCUUUCAUUUUAGUCUAUGAACGAAAUCGUCGCAUUAAAAAAUCGAAAACAGAACCACCCUCGUUGAACGACGGACAAACAUCGAGUGCCUCGAAGUCCUCUUCACGGGAAUCUGGUAUUAUUGAUGUCACGGAAAAUGGAGAAUCAGAUCAAACUAAGGAGCGGAGAGCCCUCCUAGAUCCCGCUAAACUGAAUGCAAGUGUUGCGCGCUGCUACGCUUUUAAGCCGACUGCAAAGCAGGGAGCUUUGCAGCUGCAGUGGAGGGGAUUUUCGCCCUCCAGUUUCGUGGUAAGAGCAACUAAAAAAAUAGCAAUGUUUCGCUAUUUCCACGAUGCGGAUGCAUUUAACUCGUUGGCAUUGCAUUAUGGCGAUAAGGCCUGCUACGCGUGA